AUGAAGCCAACGCUCCGCUACGCCUAUUCUCGCAAUGGCGACUACGGUCGCGUGGACGAAAAGUGUCUCGUGCGCGUGCAGAUCCCGACCGUGGACUCGGGCGCGCAUGGCAAAGUGCGCUACCACGUGCGCAUUACGAACGUCCGGUCGGGUCAAAUGUGGGAAGUCGCACGCCGCUUUUCCGCGUUCCUCCAGCUGCGCAACGACUUGAUUGCGUUCUUUGCCGCGACGGACAAGAAGUGUCCCGGCUGUCGCAACUACGAGAAGGUGCUCCAGCGCUUUGAGUUCCCACGCAAGCACGUGUUCACGAGCGUGACACCGGCGGUCAUUAAUUACCGCAAGAAGGCGCUGUGUAGCUUCAUGGCCUUGCUGGCCUCGCACACGUUCACGAGCACACCCAAGUGUCCGACGUGCAGCAGCUUCCCGUUUACAAGCGUCCGGGAUUGGUUGACGAUGGAUACGGUUGCGCAGAAAACGGGGACGGCUGCUGCUGCACAGAACAAUGUUGUGAGCGAAGCGAUCCGUGAUACGAUGAACGUCAAGGACUUUACCAAGUAUCACCCGGUGACUACGUCGAUGUCCGUGGACCAAGAAGGUCGUUUUGUCGGUAAGAAGGGACAGAAGAAUACGUCUCCUGGCGCUAGUUGGACGGAUCAAAAAGAGAGGAGGCGGGACAGUUCCGGAUCAUCGCGUCAUUGGGAAAAGCAAUCGACGUCAAGGGGGAAGUUGAUUGAAGCUCACGUGCGGUACAAUGGCAGCAAUUCGUCGAGUAAGUGCACUUACAGCCCGCCGUCUCCUCCUUCGGUUGACGGCUUUUUGAUGCCGACACCUGCAGCUAUUGUGGAUACACAUGUGAAGGUGGACAGUAACAAUGGUAUUGGCGUAGACGGUGAUGACGGCAACGAGGAGGAGGAGGAAGAGUUUGAAUCUUUUGUGGUUCCCUCUUCUGCUCUGUUGAGCGCAUCAGGGAAUGGUGGAGAGUCGGAUCACUCGGCUCGUGCACCUUUGACUAGUGAUGGCGAUGUUUGUGCUGGCAACGAGACGGUAAGAAAAACGCAUUUCAAGUUUACGCGCAAUUCCAUGUGGGCAGACGGCGACCGGUCAUCUCUUCAUCCACGAGAAAGCAGCAUGAUCGAGAUCGAUGACCUUGACGGUGAGGAGGAGGAGGAGGAGGAAGGUCUGAAUAUGGAUUUUCUGGACUUUGUGUGUACUGCACCGACUCUUGCCGAAGGUUCAUCAUGUACAUUAUAG